AUGGAGUUCAUAGCAUAUGGUGGUGGCUACCUAAUCACAAAGGAUUUCUAUGGAAAUCCCUCACCUCCACAUAUCUAUCGUACUUCACAGUCGUCAUAUGAAGUGUGUAUGAGACGAGACUCUUCGGCUCCGAAACACUGUUUAGAAGAUAAUUCUUGCACAAAUAAUGAACUUAUUCUCUUUGAAAACCGAAUUACAAAAUCGGCAGACAUAGAUAUAACACUAAAAGGCUGGUUUGAUCCUUAUCUCAACGCUCCUGAAGAAGCCUCUGGAAUUCAAAGUUACUCAAUUACAAUACAUGAUAUGAAAGAAGUGGAUGAAUCAACACUUUCGAUGGACGAAAGCAGUAUAUCAACAUUGAAUAUUUCAAGUGACGUUGAUUCUAUUCAGCUGCCUGAUAAGCAACCUGCACUGUACGGCGUUUCACUGAAUAUUCUUGACAAUGCUGGUAACUUCAAACAAGCAAGACGAUUUGUUUUGUUUGAUAAUUCAUCAAAGAUUCUUAUCAAUGCGGGGAACAAACUUAAAGUAUAUACCGGGAAUAAAGCGACAAACUUUACAUGGCAGACAAAUCAUGGAAAAAUCUGUGUACACUGGGCUGAGCGAUAUUACAAUUCUUUUCAUGUUCACCAUAAUUUGCUAAGACAAAUAAAAGCUGAUUACCACAAUCUUUAUAAUGGAGUUUAUGAACAGUACAAUGGCCAGCUUCCAGUGAAAGGGACGCCAAAUCUUCAUGGAAUUCUUGAAUUUCGUUACGUUUUUGCAAUUAACAGUAGAGUGUUGGAUAAUAAAACUGCUCCAAAUUUCCUCAACCAGUCGGUUUGUGAAAAAUACAGCCUAAGGGAUGGGGAAACAUAUGAUGUCACCAUCAUUCCGAGAGAUGUAAUGAACAAUACAGUUAGGGAAACCAUAGCGGUUCAUAUCGAUGCAAGCGUACCUGACAUUGUCGAGAUGUACUUGAUAAAAGAUGGGAUGCGUCAUCUGUUCGUUCACAAUUCCUCGGAUCUUUCGAGAAUGACGAUAUCCUUUAAAGCUUUAGAUGAACAUAGUGGACUAUAUUCUAUUGAGUGGAUGCUGGGUACAUCUCCUGAUGGCGGGGAGUUAGGCAGGGGUUCCAUGGCAGUAAAUCGUCUUGAACCCGGGGAAACCUGUAAUCAUGUGGAUAAUUGCUAUUGUCCAAAAGUAGGAGUCUGUGAGAAAGCCAUGUACAGCGUCAAAUUCAAUAGCUUGAUCAAGAAUAAUAAACAGAAGGGACACCACAACCGGGGGUACUUCUUUACAGUGAAAGUAACUAACAAUGCUAUGUUGGUAAGUAUUUCUAGGACGGAUAUCUUAGCGGACGAUUCCCCUCCCGCAAGUGGAAUUGCAAUGGAAGGAGAAACUGGAUCCCAAGAAAUGGAUUAUACUUGUAAUAGAGAAAUAAUCGUAAGAUGGAGUGGUUUUAUUGAUCAUGAGAGCGGUAUCAAAAAAUAUCGAGUGGGAUUCGAUGACAAGUGUCUGUCAAGAGAAGGGUUACUACAUAAUAAUCAUACUACCCUUCCAGGAUUUAUUUACGAAACCAAUAAGGAGCAAAUCAAAGUACUUGCUCCAUACCCGGGUCUGUAUUUUACAAGUGUAAUUGCUUACAAUUAUGCUCUAGAAGCUUCAGAGGUGGUAUGCUCAAACGGUAUUACAUACGACAUCUCUCCACCAAAGUUGUAUAAUAUAAUUUUAGAGGAAGCCAAAACAACAGAAGGUAUUGCAUGCUACAACAGAACUGCUUGGUUAAUACUCCAAAAUUUCACCGCCGUCAAAUUAGAUAUGACGCAAGCUUGCCGGAAAAUAUGCAACGACAGCAGUAACGAAUUUCCGCUUUUGGAAAAUAUGCUCUACGUAAAGCAAGAACAUUCCCAAGGUACAUCCUAUGCGGAUUCAAUAUGUAAGAAAUUAGGUGCAUAUGACAAAAACAUGAAAACGUAUAUUCCC